GUCAAAAGUAUAAGUACAUAUUAGGCGACAAAAUGGCCAAUUUGGUUUAUAUUAAAUUACUGAAUUAUAAGUACUGAUUCCUUAUCGUGUAAGUAGCAUUUUAAUGUUGGUGGUGUUUAUUUGAACUACUCUUGUAUAAUGUCUGUAUUGCAAUGCAUCACAUUUUAUAAGAUGAUAAUGUGUAAGAUAUUGACCUUCAAAGUAACUAACAGUAUCUGUUCAAUGAAAUGCACGAGGGAACUAAAAAGCGCAGUCUUUCUCUUUGAAAUGUAGUGGAGUAGGAUAAGACAGACGAACAGAAAGUACUGAAGUGAAGUACAAAUGUGUCAGAGCUGUACAGACAUGCAGUGCUGGAGUAAAGAUACUUAGUUAGCUUCCACCACUGAAAACGGUUUUAAAUAAAUACACAAUUAUUUCCUGAAUAUAAAGGGAGCUCCUGGCCCUGGAUGCCUGCUCAGUUUUAUCAUGCAAAAAUACGUUUGUACUAAUCAUUUUCUUCCCUAUUAUAUCUCUAAUUGACAAUAGUAUAUCUAAAAAAAAUUCAUUACUUUCCCUCUCAGAACAUAUUUAAUUUGUCAUUUUCAUUAACAUAUAUUUUUAGCUGGUUUAUUGUAUGUUUUGAAUCACACAGUAGUCUGUCUGUAAACAUUUAAAUAAAUAUAAAGUAAUUUUUCUGCACUGGUGCCUGUUUGUAACCAUUUUUCAGUACUAAGCCAUGAAGCAUGAUUUCCGCACAGACUUGGCAGAAAAAUGUAAAAUAAUCAAUUAUAAAUCAGAUCAACAUGUUGCCCAGUCACCCACUUUGUUGUGUAAUGCCCAGAAUUUCCACCAGUAUUACCAGGCUGUAAUUUAGCAACACGUUAUGGAAAAGUACUUGGCCAGAAACACAGAUUGUUAGCAAUUUCUAAUUGUUUAAAACACUGACGCUCAUGUUUUCCCAGAUUAAGAUUACUGGGUAGAAUGAAGAAAUGUUUUUGGCUUUUAUGUCAGAGUGAGACUUAGGAGGUUAUGUAUGCUGCAAAUCCUGCCAAUUCACUGAUGUAAACUUUUUGUUUUUCACUCUUAUAUCAGGCACAUUAUAUAAUGGGUUUAUGAAUCCCCCCUACUGCUCUUUGCCCCGGCCACAUGGAGCUCCAUCUCCCAUGGCCUACUUUUUUGCUUUUAUAACAGUCUUCAUGAGUUUAUGAUAAUGUUGUGAACUGUGGACUACACGUGCAUGUCUGACGUGGAUGCUUUAAGUCAGCAGCAGAGAGGGGCCUAUUGGCUAGUCAGAGCCUAUCAAUUCUAUUAAUGAUCACCCGCUCCCUUUACAUGAGGACACUGGAACGUCUGCUCUCUCAGUAGUGGGAUUGUGGUCCAACAGUGAGGGUAUAAAGCCACCGACUGGUUUAGAGAUUUGAUCGCUCUCUGCCUUCAGAGGACCUUACUGAAGGGCAGUCAUGCGCCUGAUACGGUCCACUGUCCUUUUCUCUGUCCUGCUGCAGGCUAUGUCUGCCCCGACAGUGGACGGGCAGACGGCCACGUCUAUUUACGACUUCUCAGCAAUGGAUAUUGAUGGCAAUGUGGUUUCCCUGGAAAAAUACAGGGGGAACGUUGUUAUCAUCACCAAUGUUGCCUCUAAAUGAGGCAAAACCCCAGUAAACUACUCUCAGCUUGCGCAGAUGCACGCCAGGUAUGCUGAGAGAGGUUUACGCAUCCUUGCCUUCCCCUCCAACCAGUUUGGGAACCAGGAGCCUGGGAAUGAAUCCCAGAUCAAACAGUUUGCCCAGUCUUACAACGCUCAGUUUGACAUGUUCAGUAAGAUCGAUGUGAACGGGGCCAAUGCUCACCCUCUGUGGAAGUGGUUGAAGGAGCAGCCCAAGGGGAGAGGCUUGUUUGGAAAUAGUAUCAAGUGGAAUUUCACUAAGUUUUUGAUCAAUAGAGAGGGGCAGGUGGUGAAGAGAUACGGACCCCUGGAUGAUCCAAGUGUAUGUAUAAAUAUCUUACAGAUACUUGAGUGUUUAUAGCUUGACCGUAGUACAUUUUGUAUAUCCUUUUAUUUUUAGCUUUCCUAUGUGGCUGUGUAAUCCUUUGCUUUCAGAGGCCCGGUAACACCAAGAAGACCUUUACUGUUUUUUUGUUUGUUUUUUUAAACUGGCCAGAUAUAACAUUGUGUGCAGAUGAAAAUUAUGCUGUUGUGUUGUAAAUAUGAACGAGUUAAAGCAAAAAGGAUGAAUAAGGUAAUUGAAUAAACAAAACACCAAGACUGAGAGAGGACAUCCUUUAGGAGUUAACAUGAAAUUUACCUUUCAUAUAAAUUGCCGUUAUCUCAAGCCCAUAACUUACCAAACAGUGCAAGAUAUGUACGCUGCUAUAGCUGUAACUGUGUGUUAUGUCUUUCCAAGUAUUAUUAAUACACUUUCGUUAGGACAGGUAAUAAAUUCCAACUUCUACUCUUG